AUGGCAAGAAAAACGAGAGAGAGAGAAAGAGAGCAAUCUGUGUUGCUUGCAACAACGAAGACCAAGAAGCAGGCCAAACCAUCCACUUUACUCCACAAGUCUGUUAUGAAGAAGGAGUUCCGUCGCAUGGCAAAGGCAGUGACAAACCAGGUGGGAAAUAACUAUUACAGGCCAGAUCUGAAGAAUGCCGCCCUUGCAAGGUUGAGCGCCGUGCACAGGAGCCUGAAGGUCACCAAAUCUGGUGUCAAGAAGAGGAACAGGCAGGCUCUUAGGAAGUGAAUUUAGGACAAGAGUGAUUCUUGUUUCCAUCAUUUCUAGACUUUGGAAGUUUGUGUUUUUUUUUUUUCUUCCUUUUUUUGCUUUAUUGAAGCUUUUCUUUUUGUGAUGCUAUUAGAUCAAGUUUCAAAACAAAAGAGUAGUUGGCCUUUUACUUAUCUAUCAGUUUUGCAUUAUGAUUUGGUGGUUUACAUGGAUACUUGGAUUUAAUGUUUAUUAAUGGAGUUUCUUCUGAUACUGUUGGUUGGA